AUGCCAAACCUCUACCACCAGCUCCCUCAAAUCCUUGUGGACAAGCUCCGCCGUGUGUAUGACGGAAACCCCUCCGGAGUGGACGCUACCGGAUACGCAAAGCUCCAGCCAGAGCAAUGGGAGGAGUUCCUCUGCCUCCUGUCAGAGCAGUGGGACGUUUACACCUUCGCGCGCGACGGCUUCAAGUUCCGCUACAACCGCCGCAAGCAGAGACUGACGUACAGCGUCAUGCCAGGCUCGCUCCGCUUCAAGACGGCCACCUUCUUCCGCGACCAUGUCUUCGGCCGGCUGCAGAGCAUCGUUAAUCGCCACCCUCCAUCGGAAAAGUACUGGGACUCGAUUCGCAGGGUUGUCGGUGGCCUGUCCAGCUUCCAAAACCAUGCGAUGGACUGCAUGGGCACCGUCAUCCUGGACUGCGUCUGGAUGUGCGGAGAUGGGGGAGUGUCGAACCCCUGCGCUGUGUUGGAAGUCACCGAUUCGAAGGGCUACCACGACACAAAGAGCAAGGUCCGUGACGUGAUCAAGGACACCAGGGGCCUCCCCGGCAUGGGAGUCAUCGUCAACAUCGACUUGAACAGGGACGACAAGAAGCGGGCUUUUUACGUCUUCGUCAAGCAGGUGCGGGCUGGCACCAAUAGCGCCGGCAAGAACACGUACAUGCCGAUCGAAGACCCGAGGGGGGAGAUCGAGUUUCGCGACAAGCUCGGCAAGCUCUGCGAUGGCGAUCUCAGGAUCUCAGUCAGGGACUUCCUUGGCAUCCACAUUGCGAGGCGGUUCCACCAAGACUGCCCUAUCACGCAGGCCAUCCUCAACGAGGAUAUUGUCAUUAGCCACUCCGACCUCUUGAAGUUCCUUGAAAAGGCCGAGGAAGAGGACCGUGCGGAGGACGAGAUGGUCCUUGAGGAUGCCAAGAGGCAUGGGAACUGGAAAUCGGAUUGA